GAAGAAGAAGAAGAAGAAGAAGAAGAAGAAGAAGAAGAAGUAGUAGUAGUAGUAGUAGUAGUAGUAGUAGUUUCCUAUAUUACUUGACACACGCUUCGAAGCAUCGGCACACCACGUAACAUCACUAAGCUAAUGACAUGGACAACAUGAGGACAGACAGGAUGGAUGAACCACAGACAGACUUUAUCUACUGUUGUGGAGCCAUCACAGAAGUUCUUAAAUUUGGCUCCUGUUGGUUACACACUGAAAACAAGGUGCUUUUUCUCAUCAUUCCAGGUAACCCAGGUGUGGUGGGCUUCUACAGAACCUUCAUGCAAACACUCCACAGUAUGUUUGGAUACCGCCACCCAGUGUGGGCUGUGAGCCAUGCUGGUCACUGUGCACCACCAGACUCCAUGGACAUGGUAGAAGAUGCCUCCUCAGCAGUAGAGGGUGACGUGUUUGGUCUGAAUGGGCAGAUUGAACACAAGCUGGCUUUCCUCAGGAAACAUGUUCCCAGAGAGACCAGCUUGGUCCUGGUGGGACACUCCAUUGGCUGCUACAUUAUUCUUGACAUGAUGAAGAGAAAUCCUGAACUCAAGAUUAUAAAGGCCAUCAUGCUGUUUCCCACCAUCGAGCGCAUGGCUCAGACUCCUCAGGGGAAGGUCAUGACCCCUGUGUUGUGUCACUUGCGUUAUGUGGCCUACCUGCCUCUCUUCCUGCUCUCUCUGCUGCCUGAAGGACUCAAAGCCUGCUUAACCAAACUGGUGUUGCGUGUCAUUCACUCUAUGGACCACACUGUAGUCCAGCCUACUGUAGGUCUGCUGAGUGGAGACUGUGCAGCUAAUGCUAUGUAUAUGGGGGGUCAGGAAAUGAAGAAAGUUCUGGAAAGAGACAACGUGACCAUUGAGAAAAAUCUUGAAAAGCUCAUAUUUUAUUAUGGAGCUACAGACCACUGGUGCCCUGUUCAAUAUUAUCAUGACAUCAAGCAGGACUUUCCACGAGGAGAUUUCAGACUGUGUGAUAAAGGAUUCCAUCAUGCCUUUGUCCUGGAUGCAGGAAGAGAAGUAGCCAAAAUGGUGUUUGAAUGGAUCAAAGGAGAUUUGAGGACAUGAGCUUCUUCUCUUUCCAUCUACUCCUCUGACUGACAUGAACAGGGAUGACAACACUCAGACCAGGAGUGUUUGUUUCUUUAAUCUGCAGACAUGGAAUUGAAAGCUCAGUGCUGAAAAAUAGCAGUUAUUAAUUGAAAUAUAUUUUUAUGGAUAUAAUGGCACUUUGUGGUCGAUAAUGUGGGGAUUCAUCUAAUAGGCAGAUUUAUAAUGUCCUGGGAAAUUUUUGUAGAGUUGUUUAACUAUACAUUUUUGGAAAGCUUUGGAGGCUGAUGAACCUCAGAACCAAUCUUUCUAUUUUUAAAGUCUCUGUGGCAGCCAUCUUGGACUUUCAAACUGGCAACCACCUAUCAAGUUUAGUUUUUAGCUGGAUCCCUCAGGAUAAAUCAAUUUAGCUUCAACUUAACUUAGCCAAUUAAUUGUAGUGACAUCAGAUUUUUAAUUUUGACUGUAUACAAUGAUCUAAUAAUUGCAUCUCAAAACUUUACAGCCACAAACAAAAAACCUCUGGUGUUCAGAGUAUGGAUGGCUUUCAUUGGUAUAUUGACAAUAAGAGGGUCUCGGUAGAGACCAGUAGUUUCCAGAACAGAAGUGCUUGCCAUUCAGUUGGCAAAAAAAAUGCAACUCUUGCAGAAAUCUUCAAAUGUGAAAAACAUUUUUUUUUUUACCAAAUCUGUGAUUUUUCUGUGGUGUUCUUCAAGGCCUUGGUGUUUUAUGUGGUAUUUUGGAGGGAUAUUAAACUAUUUUUAUCAAUUCAUGAAUGGUAAAAAAAAAAAAAAAAGAAAAGAAAGAAAAAUAGUUACAUUUUGUACCAAAUCUGUGUAACAAAUGGUAACAACCCGGGGAAAAAAAUCACUGCAACAAUGUAUAAGACAUAAUUGAACAUGUGAAUGGCCAUCAUAUAUACUUCCACCAUAAUGGUCUAAGCCCUUAUACACUUUAAAGUUUCAAAAUUUGAAUAGGUGCCUAACAAAAACAAAAUGUUUACAGAUUUAAGACUGAUUGAUUACAGAUUUAAGACUCAAACAACUUGAGACACUGUGCUUAGCAAGACGAUAUUUUUAUGCAGGCAUAUCCUGUAUUACAGACUACACACACUGUUGCCUCACAGCAAGAGGAUUCCUGGUUUGAAGCCAGGGUGGGGGAUUCGAACCCAGGGUGGGGGAGCCCUUCUGUGUGGAGUUUGCAUGUUCUCCCCGUGUCAGCAUGGGUUUUCUGCGGGUACUCUGGCUUCCUCCCACAAUCCAAAGACAUGCAGGUUAGGUUAAUUGGUGACUCUAAAUUGCCCGUAGGUAUGAUUUUUUUUUUUCAUUUUAGAUUUCCUCCCCGACAACCUUCAGCAGCCAUGACAUAAGUGUCACAUGGAACAUCCUUGCCUGCAUGUGCCAGACGGCAUCGAAGGCAUUGCUUAUGCAUUUAAAGGGAUAGUUCAGAUUUUUUUUAAAGUGGGGUUGUAUGGGGAACUUAUCCACAGUCAGUGUAUUACAUACAGUAGAUGACAGGUGGCACACCUCCAGUUUGGAGAAGCAGGCUGGAGUCCGACAUGGAAGCUCAGCAUUUAAUGCUGUGAGGGGAAGGCAGCAACAAAAUGGUUUUUUUUGUUGCUAAAAUAGGUUUUGUUGCUGACCCGUCCACAGCAACACAUUGCUAAGCUUCUGUGUUGGACUACUGCCUGCUUCUCCAAAGUGAAAGUGUAGUGACUGACAUCCCCUGUAUGUAAUACACUGUCUAUACAACCACACUUCAAAAAAAAUCUUAACUAUCCCCUUAAGUAAAUGUUAUACUUAAAACAAUUUGAAGUUAUACAGCAUUCUUUGGUAAUGUUCCAUUUUUUUUUGUUCCAGUUAGCAAUACAUGAAAUAAAAGGCCAUGUAAUUUGUUUAAGACCACUGCAUCAAUAUACAGUGGGCUUCAGGAAACACUGCAGGAUCUGUCUGGUUAAAAAGAUGAACCAGGCUCAAGUUUUUUACAGCCACACAUCACAUCAUCCAGGAAAGCACCAACUUGCCCAAGGUACAAGUGUACAUUCCUGAUAAGCGUUUGCGACUUGACUGUUUCAGUCUCUUGUCAUGCAAGAUUUAAUACUUUUUUUCUGUGAAAACUCUUCAGAGUUGUAAAAUCCUUCCCCAUAGUAUUAUAUGUGCUUAUACAGAGUUUUGACAUCUAAUAACUUUGAAAAUUGUUGAUAAUCAUGACUUAAAGCCAUAACUGUCAGACUUACACUGAUCAAUCCCAUCAACCCCCAUCAACCUCCCCUGCUGUCACUCCUCUGUGGUACAUGAUUAGAUACACCGACAUGUGAAGCAGCUGACAAUUACUGAUGCCUGUGCCAAUUCAAGAUAAUUUGAAGGUAAAGUUCAAAUAUACUGAGAACUGGCUCUUCUCUGCUCGAACAAAUACAUGCUCUCUGAAGAUCACUAAUCAACAUGUUAUACACUGUUUGUUUAAUCUGAGCUGAGUUUAAAUGCAGGACCUUUACUUGUUAAGGAGUAUUUUUACAGUGAUAUCAGCACUUUUAAUACGGGAUCUGAAUAUUUCCUCCACCACUGCAGGAGUUUAUUGCCACCUGGUGCCCAAAAGGUUUAA